ACAGAGCAAGAUGGCUAUAAAACGUAGGCUACGAGUUGUAAAACGACUAUUGCUGCAAACAUGUCCACUGGAAUGUGUUUGCUUCGGUUUCGCAUUCGACCAAAAGAAGACAGACUAAGUGCUUUACCGGACUCACUUCUCGAUCACAUCCUCUCAUUCCUUCCAACAAAACACGCCGUCGCCACAAGCAUCCUUUCCAAACGUUGGAAACCACUCUGGCGCUCACAACUCAGCCUCUACUUCGAUGACAGAUCCUUUCCAAGCACCUUCUCCUUUUGCCAAUUCUUCUAUUCCUUCGUCACCAUGCGACUGCGAGAUAGCAUCCUUCCCAUCCUCUCAUUCCACCUUCAUUUUCACUACCUCUUCUGCGAUAAAGAUUUCUACAAUUUUCUUUACGUGCCAAUUACAAGAGGAGUUCAAACCCUAAUCAUCUCCCACUCAGAUUACUCUCCGGCACUGCCUUCUUUCGUUCUAACCAGCGUAACCUUGUCGGUCCUCAAAUUGAAGAGGAUAAAAUUGAACGACGUUCCGUGCGUUGAUCUUCCCUCGCUCAAAGUCCUUCGCAUGAAACGUGUGACUUUCACAUGUUAUGCAUAUCUCCAAAAACUUCUAUCUGGCUGUCCCAUUCUAGAGGAGUUGGAAACAAAGGAUCUAAGAAUGAAAAUCCCUAAUCAGACGUAUGAUUUAGGUUUUGCAAUAUCCAAUUUGGUCAGAGCUAACAUUUCCAGUGAUAUCAUGAUUGGGCUUCAGUGGCUUCAUAAUGUGGAGCAUCUCCGCAUACAACUGAACUGGAAACCCAUUACUAGUAUAAGCGGCAUGUUUCACAAUUUAACCCACUUGGAGCUUAUGUUCAACUUUGACUAUCCAUCAUUGGUGAUUUUGAAGUGGCCUUGGCUUGUAAAACUGCUUAAAAAUUCCCCCAACCUUCAAACCCUUAUCAUUGAUCAGGUCUUUAAUCUUACCCGUUGCUAUGUUAACAAAUGGGAGGACCCAGAAGUUGUUCCAGAAUGCCUUUUAUCUCAUUUUACAACAUGCGAACUUAGAAAUUACACUCACAUAAAUUGCGAGCUUCCUUUUGCAAAAUAUAUAAUGCAGAAUUCAAGAGUACUAAGCACCAUGGCAAUUCAGACUGCCAACUAUGUAGACAAAAAUACAAAGCUUCAAAUGUUAAUAGAAUUAUCUUCGUGCCCAAGGAUUUCAGCCGCAUGUAAACUUUUAUUUACUUGAAUGAUACUUCAUAGAACAUGUGUUCAACAACAGUCCUAACCUUGUCACAAACUUACUAAUAUGAAAUUCUACUUUAUAAUUUCACUCUCAUUCACAAUCUUGUGAUGAUUUUUUUUUGUACAAUAAACAUAUCCUGUUUUUUAAUUUAUUUUUUUAUGAUAUAUGCAAUUUCAUGUUAUAAUUAGUGGGCAAUGAAGGGUGGUUGUGGGUGUAAGCAAUGGGAUAUGUCAGAGAAAUUGCAUAUGAAGUUAUUGGUAGAGAGCUAAGUAGAAAGAUGUAUUUAUGUUCUAGAAUAACAAUUAUACUCACAAGAUAAGUUCCUUUGGUUGACAUAGAAUUCCAAGGCGUAUUAGAUUGACUUGUCAUUAUUGUUUUGUUGGGCUAAUGUAAAAGAAUUGCAAGCUAUGCUUAAACUUUUUUGUAAGGAUGUAUAUGGCAGUUAGGGGAGAGAAAGAUUGAACGAUUUGAGUUGGGUAGUUUUCUAGACAUGUAAUUUAGUCAGGAAGGAAGGAAUUGUAUUCCUGUAGAUAUUAAAGGAAUUUUCUCUGCUACGAGACAACCAUGAUAUAAUUACUACAUAUGCAACCAAUGCUAUUGUUGUAAGUAUCAGCUCGCCAACCAGACCAGAGCAAAAAGGUUAGGUCAGGUGCUGCACCAAGAUUGUUUUGUAAGACCAAUCUAAGUAAUUGCAGAAAGAGACUCAAAAGGGUAUCAUGGGCUCCAAAAAAUGUCGUUGCAGAAAUUGCUUCAAAAGGUGUUUAUAGGAAAAGAAAAAGUUCUGGACUAUCUCCGUUUGAUAGAGUUACUUGGGAAAUAAUGACUGGAAUUCAGCAGAUGGACAAGAACAACUCCCUUCUGUUUCAAUUGCCUUGGAAUGGAUGUGUACAGGGUCUACUUUAUGACAAGACCUUGCUGGGAAAGCUCAUAGGUGAUAGUGAAAACUUUCAAGUAAUUGGAUGAGAAAUUAGGAUGCUGAUGGCAUGUCAUCUGAUGCCUGUAGCUUACAUACAUGUGGGCAGUCAAUCCACAUCCACAGAUGAGUUAUCUGAAAUCAUGUCACAGGAAAAUUUUGGGUUGGGACGUGCGAAGUUGCUCCAAAGCCGUUUGUGAUCAGAAAUUGCUGCUUCUCCUGAUGAUAUCACUGAUGGAGCAUCAUCUGCCUGUCUUCGUGACAGUUUGGUUGUGGAAGAGCGGUAUAGCAAUUGCAGGCAUAAACAAAGGUAUAACAAUUGCAGGCAUAAACAAAGGUAUAACAAUUGCAGGCAUAAACAGACUUAAGCCUAAAUAUGUUUAUGGUUUGACUUCAUCCUAGUCGAGCUGGUUAUAUUUUUUGUAUAGCUUGCAUUUUUUUUUAAUAAUGAAAAAAUAGGAUAUGAAGAAACCAGUGGUUUUGGUCAAUUCACAGAAACAACAUCUAAUUAUACGGAACCAUUGCUUUGUGAGGGUGUAAAAGACAGUUGGGGGAGAGAUAGAUUGAACUGUUUGAGUUGGGUAGUUUUCUAGACUUGUAAUUUAGUCGGAAAGGAAUGCAUUUGUUGCUUUCAAGAAAAAUAUACUUUGAUGAUUCAAAAUGGAAUGAUCUAUUUUUGUUUAACAUGACUGGAAAAUAUUCAAUAUUCAACAUAUAGUCUCUAGUAAACAGAUAUGUCUGGAAACUAGUCUGUGCUGUGUUACAUUUGAAAAAAAAAUCAUGUUUUGAAAAGUUUGUCAAGGUUCACAUUUGCCUAUUUCAACCAUUAGCAGGCAGUUCCAUUGCAGGAAAGUUAUAUUCGCAGAGCAGAAGCUCUUCAAUUGAGUCCACUAACAACACCUUUAGUCCACUAGCAACACUUGUCUCCCAACAAGGAGAGACUGCCAUCAGGUUUUCAAUUUGUCUCACUUGUGUAUUGUCCAUUAUUAGUUUAUUCCAAUACAAUUUGUGAUGUAUCUUACUAUUACAUACAAACUUACAUGGUUCAAAAAUAAUUCUGUGACCAAAUGAAUCUGAGGCAGUUAUUAAUCUUAAGAAAUGAGAUGCGUUAGGGGUUUCAUUUUAAUUAGCUUGCAUUAUGCAUAGGGAACCAUCGCUUUGGUAUGUGGUUAUUUGUGGGAGAUGAUUUGAUUAUUUAGUGUAUACCAUGAGCUGGUGGUCAUUUUGUUUGCAAUGUUGUUAGAAAUGUUUGUUUGUCUUCUUAUCGAGCCAAUAUAAUACUUGUUUAUGAAUCUAGCUAAUAUAAAAUAAAACACUGGGUGUAAGGUUGGUCGUGUGUGACUGUGAGAAUAAUGAGUUAUUUACUACAUAUUGACUAUAAAGUUGUGAUGCCAAUGCCAUGCUGUUAAGUUGCUUAUUUUGCUACUCAUGUGUAGAGAAACGACUUGCUUAAAAAUUUAGUAUCCUCUAGACUACAUGGUGAACUUUAUAAUGUAAAGUGAAAGUGGAUAACCAUCGAUGAAAAAGUUAAUAGAUUGAGUCAUGUUAACUUUAAGAUAAGUACUUUCACACUUGUACUUGAAAAAGGUUAUAAACCUAUAUUGCAUUCUAAUGAGUGGCUGUUGACUUGUCUUGUUCUCUAGCCUGCAUUCUACUCUUGGAGGGGUUAAAUCACAAGCAUAAAUCCCCUGAUUUUCCUUUUUUUUGACAAAUUGCUUUGGUUACUUUCUUGGUCCUAUUUGUUCCUGUAGAAAUGUAAUGGUCUUGCCAUGAACGAGAGAUCAGAUAUACCUAGGAGUAUUAUUACAUUGUAAACUAACUAGUGCAUUUUCUUACUGAAUCUUUGAAGAGUGUUGAUUUGAUAUUUUCUGAUGGAGAUGUUGGCGGUGGAUUUUUUUCCCCUUUCAAAUGCUUGGUUAGAUUCUCAUGAAUAUGAAAGGCAUUUUUUUUUGAUAAACUGAAAUCUAUGCUGUCAAACCUGUGAGAUGUAGGCGGCUAGAUUCAUCUCUAUGGUUUACACAAUGCCUGUUGUGUGACGAGGAAGUAGAGACAACUAUGCAUUUGUUCCUUCAUUGCAAGUUUGGAGUGUUGUAUUUAGAUGGGUGAAUGUGAUCCUAAUCAUCCCACAAGAUCUUUUCACAUUUUUUACAAUGUGGGAAUUUUUGUAGGAUACUGCUUGUGGAAGAUCUGUAUUUUAGUUUUGUAUGUAAAUAUGAUAGAUUGUUUUAUUCAGCAUUAAUUGUAGCAUUAACUGUUUUCUAUGUUGUAUUGGGGUAUUGGUUUAGGCAAGUAAACUCAAAUACUUGUAAGGUUAUGAUUGUGAUGGAUUGAUACCUCCUCCCUCUGUUCUUUUACAAGUCGUUUUUGUAAUUAUAAGGAAUUAUUAAUGUUAUUUUUUAUUAAA